AUGGCGGUAGAUAACAUCCAGCACGCGCAGGCUGUCACAGUGAGUCUGAAGGAGCUACUAGACGGCUCCGUCUCCUUCGUGACCCUCACCGAGGCAUUUGGCCCUUCUUCCCUAGGCAUUAUCAUCGUCAAAGACCUGGACCCUAAAUUCCAAAAGCUACGCGCUCAAGUCCUUUCAAACGCCUCGUAUCUAGCCGCGCUCUCUAACGACGAACUAGAAUCCCUCACCACGCCUGCAGCAAAAUACCUCGUCGGGUGGUCCUGCGGCAAAGAAACCCUGCGGUCCGGCCACUUCGACACCCUCAAGGGCUCCUACUACGUCAACUGCGCCUUCUACCAAACCCCCAAUCUCCAGGGCGCCCCGGCAGACGGUUUCCCCGGGUUCCCAGAGUACACUGCUCCGAAUGUCUGGCCGGAUGCGGCGCGGCUGCCGACCUUCCGACGGAGUCUAGAGGAGCUCUGCGCGUUGAUUAUCGACACGGCCGCCCUCGUCGCCAGGGCGUGUGAUCGGUACGCGCUGCAGAAUAUCCAAGGGUACCAGCGCGGGUAUUUGGAGCAUGUGGUGAGGACGAGUCUCACGACGAAGGCUCGGUUGUUGCAUUAUUUCCCUACUCCGUCGGAACCGACGACAUCUAGUACUGGGGGGAAAGAAGGGGGUGGUGGUGGUGGUGGUGGUGAUGAUGGCGACAUCGAUGACUGGUGCGCUACACACUUCGACCAUGGCUGUCUUACGGGUCUUACGUCGGCUAUGUUUGUCGAUGAGGCUGCGAACCCGCCUGCAUCUGCAGCGUCAGCUUCAGCUGCCUCGUUCUCGUCGUCGUCGUCGUCGUCGUCUCUUCUCCCUGAACUUCCCCACUCCCCGGACCCGAAAGCCGGAUUGUAUAUCCAGUCGAGAACGGGCGAGGUCGUCAAGGUGGAUAUUCCGCGGGAUUGUCUUGCUUUCCAGACUGGUGAAGCGCUGCAGCUGAUUACGAGGGGCAAGUUCCGUGCUGUGCCGCAUUUUGUAAAGGGGGCUAGAGCGUCUGGUGCCGCAAGGAUUGCGCGGAAUACCCUAGCUGUCUUUACGCAGCCGAAUCUAGGGGAGGAGGUGGAGAAGGGGAAGACGUUUGCGGAUUUUGCUAAGGAGGUGGUGGAGAGGACGUAUUAGUAUUGGUAUUAAUCUUAUAUGAUAGAUACCUAGGUACCUACCCAGGUAAACUAUGGGUGUCUAGGUAUAUAUUUAUAUAUAUAUAUAUGUGUGUGUGUGUGUGUAUAAACAGGCCCUUUCCACACCG